GUUGUCAGUGACAGUUCCUCGAUCAUGUGGCGGUGGAUCCUCGAUCACUGAUUCUCGUAUCGAUUACGCUUCAUUUUUUUCCCUCCCCUUCCGCUCCUCGACGGAACUUCAGUUUUGCCCCCGCAUUUGACAAUCGCGUCUCAAAGCGGCGAGCGCCCUUCUUCUCCUUCGACUUGUUUUUACCGAUCCUUCUGCACACCGUACGUCACUCCUUGGUGCUAGUUUCUACGUUCGGAGAGUUACGCGUUGCCCGGAAAAACUGGACGAAUCAUGGUGGUGGCUAGCAGGACGACCUAUUGGCUGUUGCUCGUCUGCUUGAUCGUACUCUUCGCAGCCCUCGACAAUGCAGAAGGUACAAGGAAGAGAUUUCGUAGGCCUGCAACCGCUGUUUCAUCGUCCUCAAACGAUCAGGAAGUCUCUGCUAGUGUGAAUAGAUUCAAGGUAACGCGAAAUCGUAUUAACAACAAGAACAAGAAGAAUGAAAUUCAGUCUGGAAAGUUGGAGGACUACAAGCUUGUAUGUUACUAUACAAACUGGUCCCAAUAUCGCACGAAAAUCGGAAAAUUCAUGCCCGAAGAUAUUCAACCUGACUUGUGCACACACAUCGUGUUCGCGUUUGGCUGGUUGAAGAAGAACAAACUAACGAGCUUCGAGUCGAACGACGAAACGAAAGAUGGGAAGAUCGGAUUGUACGAGAGAAUUGGCUACGUGAAGAAAGCUAAUCCCUCUGUGAAAAUUCUACUCGCGAUUGGUGGUUGGUCGUUUGGUACUCAAAAAUUCAAAGACGUGUCCUCGACGAGGUAUGCGAGACAAACGUUCAUCUACAGCUCCAUAUCCUAUCUGAGAGAUCGAAAUUUCGAUGGUCUCGACAUCGAUUGGGAGUAUCCAAAGGGAGGAGACGAUAAGAAGAACUAUGUUCUCCUGUUGAAAGAGCUUCGAGAAGCUUUCGAAGCAGAAGCUCAAGAGAAGAAAAUGCCGAGACUUCUUUUAACAGCCGCUGUACCAGUAGGUCCUGACAACGUUAAAAGCGGAUACGAUGUUCCAGCUGUUGCCAGCUAUCUAGAUUUCAUCAACUUGAUGGCGUACGAUUUCCAUGGUAAAUGGGAGCGUGAAACUGGCCAUAACGCGCCUCUUUACGCCUCGUCGUUAGAUUCAGAAUGGCAAAAACAAUUAAGCGUGGACAACGCUGCCUCCAUGUGGGUCCGUUUAGGCGCCCCUAAAGAAAAACUGAUCAUCGGCAUGCCGACAUACGGUCGAUCCUUCACCCUUUCGAACGCCUCCAAUUUCCGUGUCCAUUCACCUGCCAGCGGAGGUGGCAAGGCCGGGGAGUACACCAAGGAAUCCGGCUUUCUCGCCUAUUACGAGAUCUGCGAGAUGUUGCAAAACGGUGCAGCCUACGUCUGGGAUGACGAAAUGAAGGUACCAUACAUGGUGCUAAACGAUCAAUGGGUGGGCUUCGACGACGAGAAAUCCAUUCGAAUGAAGAUGGACUGGUUGAAGAACAAGGGUUACGGUGGUGCCAUGGUAUGGACUGUGGACAUGGACGAUUUCAACGGUACAGUUUGCGGUGGGAAUGUCAGGUAUCCCUUGAUCGGGGCAAUGAGGGAAGAAUUGUUGGGAAUAUCGAGAGGACCGAAUGCUAAGGACGUCGACUGGUGUGCCGUGGCUAGCACAGUUUCUGAAACGAUCUUGAAGAAACCGGAACCUUACAAGAUAUUAGCGUCAGACGUUAUUAACAAGGCGAAGAAACAUCAGAAAUCAGCAACGCAGCUUGUCAUCAAUCAUCCGCCCAAUGAAAGGGCAGCUCAAUCUAUGUGCUAUUUGACGAAUUGGUCGCACAAAAGGCCAGGAGCUGGAAAAUUCAUGCCCGAGGACAUCGAUCCCUCCCUUUGCACUCACAUAGUUUACUCAUUUGCGACCUUAAAGAAUUACCUACUCGCUGAAGAAAGCGAGAAGGAUUCAGAGAUGUACGAACGAUUAAAUGCUCUCCGCGACAAGAAUCCGGAUAUCAAGAUAUUAUUGGCAAUCGGUGGUUGGGCAUUCGGGUCAACACCUUUCAAAGAACUGACCAGCAACACUUUCCGUAUGAAUCAGUUCGUCUACGAGGCGAUCGAUUUCCUCAGGGAAUAUAAAUUCGACGGUUUGGACGUUGAUUGGGAAUAUCCACGAGGUGGAGACGAUCGAUCAGCCUACGUGAACCUUCUGAAGGAGCUGCGACUCGCUUUCGAAGGGGAAGCAAACAGUUCUAAACAACCGAAAUUAAUUUUGUCUGCUGCUGUGCCUGCUAGUUUCGAAGCUAUCGCUGCGGGAUACGACGUGCCUGAAAUAUCCAAGUAUCUGGACUUCAUUAACAUCAUGACAUACGAUUUCCAUGGCCAAUGGGAAAGACAAGUCGGCCAUAACAGUCCUCUGUUUCCCUUGGAGAGUACCACGAGCUACCAGAAGAAACUGACAGUGGACUACAGCGCAAGAGAAUGGGUGAAACAAGGUGCUCCAAAGGAGAAGUUAAUGAUCGGUAUGCCAACUUACGGCAGAUCGUUCACAUUAGUGGAUAAAGAGAAGUUUGACAUCGGUGCACCGGCUUCAGGAGGAGGAGUAGCUGGCAACUUCACUAACGAAGCUGGAUUCCUUUCCUACUACGAAAUCUGUAGUUUCCUCAAUGAAGAUAACACUACACUAGUCUGGGACAGCGAACAGCAAGUGCCUUUCGCGUACAGAGGCGAUCAAUGGGUUGGAUUUGACGACGAGAGAAGCCUUAUAAAUAAGAUGCAAUGGCUGAAAGAAGAAGGCUUCGGAGGUAUAAUGAUUUGGUCGGUGGAUAUGGAUGACUUCAGAGGUUCUUGCGGAGCUGGUAAGUACCCGUUGAUCAAAGCCAUGAUGAAAGAGCUGAGAGACUAUUCAGUGAAGAUGGAAUACGACGGUCCUUACGAGAGUAAUUUGAGGAACGGGAAGUACACCACCAAAGAUCCGAACGAAUUGGCCUGCGACGGAGAGGACAAUCACAUAUCUUAUCAUCCCGAUAAAAACGACUGCACGAUGUAUUACAUGUGCGAAGGUGAGAGGAAGCAUCACAUGCCCUGUCCAGUGAAUUUGGUAUUCAACCCGAACGAGAACGUUUGCGACUGGCCGGAAAAUGUGGAAGGUUGUUUGCAGCACACGCAAGCACCCCCAGUGUAAAAUUAAAAAGAAAGAAAGAAAAAAAGCAGCAAGAAAGAAAAGAGACAAAGGAUACAUGUAUUUAAGAGAACAUAUUUCCCUGUGACUCGCGAUUGUACUAUAAAACAUGAAGAAAUACGCGCGACGUGGUAAUAUUAAUCGAAAGCAACUACAACUUGUCGAGGGAAAAAGAAACAAAAAACACAAGAUAAUCUGUUAUCAACGAGAAACUUUGUUGUAGGUGAAAAUUUCUCUUUAUCCAGGAAAUUUCAAUUGCUUUCCCCUCUUCCAUCUUUCGUUUCCCUUCUUCCUUCGUUUCUAUCUGUCUGCGUUUGUCAUUUGUAUAAACUGCACUCUAUAAUGUAACCACUGUGACAGAUACGUUUUGUAAAUAAAAGAAAAAAAAAACGAAAUAAGAUUC